GUCUCUUUCAGAAUUAUCUGUGUCGAUAAUCCAGGAUACGUCCCACCUAGCCAGUUUGGACAUGACUAUAUUUUCUACGAAAAGAAUGUCGGUUACCCACCUGCGGGUGUUGCAGCUUCCAUGCUCCCCUUCAUUUCAAAAAAUCCCCAAUGGCGUGAUGGAAUUAGUGACAAUGGAUUGCCUCAUCGAGCAGCUGGUUGGGAUAUUCAGUUAACAGGAUCUGCUUUGGUGACUGUGAAGAUUCGUGACGUCAAUGAUUGCUCACCUGUGUUUAGUGAAUCUGAGUAUAUCUUUACGAUAGAAGAAAACCAGCCAAACUUGUCAAUAGAGAAUGAUGUCACCCUAUCGGAUAGCACAACAUUCGGCAUAUCAAUAGGUCGAGUGAUCGCUCGAGAUGCAGAUCAAGAAGGACAAAUAACAUACGGAAUGUCUAAAAAUCCUGAGACUGCAUUUCAUGUGGACUCAAAAACCGGCCACUUUUACAUCCGACGUCCAUUCGACCGAGAAGCCUUGCUGGAAGUAAUGAAUACUGUUGGUCCGCAAAACUUCACUGAACAGUUUGCAGAAGUUGAUAGAAGGAGCAUAGCGACAAAUCUUGCAGUUCCUGUCUUCGCAGAAGUAUUCGCAUUUGAUGGAGUGCACAACGUUACUGUUCCUGUGCGUGUCCUCAUCACCGACGAUAAUGACUGCCCACCCAUUUUUGAGCAAAACAAUUAUGAAUUCAUUGUGGCCGAAAAUGAACGCCCAAUCGGCAUGGGCCCAAUAGGUCGGGUAUCUGCAGUAGACAGAGAUGUAGGGAUAAAUGCAGUAGUAACCUAUCAUAUUGAUUCAUUGUCGAUCUGGCGCCAAAGAACGGAUUAUCAAGAGAUCAAUGAUACAGCUGUUGCAGGUAGUACAAUAGCCGGUCAACCCCAACGUUCUAGCAAUGAUAAUAGCAAGAAUAUCAAUUUGAUGAAUUUUUUCACUAUCGGUACCAACUCAGGUCAACUUCAUGUAGUUAGACGUCUGGAUCGUGAGAAACAGGCUGAGCACAUUUUUAAAGUGCUAGCUGUAAAUAAUCCAUCAAACCUGGCUAGUCAGUCUGGGCAAUCCUUCGGCUCACUGACUAUACAGGGUGCAACACCUGGAGGAUGGGGUGGUCUUCUGACAGUUCAGCUAUCACCAACCAGCAUUCGCCAGUCUCGGGCUCGC